AUGGAGAGCUCACCUGACACCACACCAGUGCUAGUCAAACGUAGCAGCACACAGCUCCUGGCUGUCUUAACCCCAAAGACCAUACCUAAGUUUGUGAUUCCUCAUCGCCGACCGGGUCAAGCGAGUAGCCCAGUUCGAACGGGUCCUGCUGGCAAGAGGUCCUCCCGUAAGUGGAGUAGUGAUAGUGACUAUUCCUCGGGCUCUGCAAUGCUCGAUGAGUACGAUAUGUCCUCACCGGUACACGGUAGUCCCUAUCACCACCAGGGCAAAUCUAACGACUGCAUCAAUGGUUUUACCCCGAGCGAUCCGGGCUACACCCUAGCUAUGACCCUUCGACAUCUACCGAAAAACUACACCAAGUAUGGAUUCUCGACGCUCUCGGCUUCUCCCAAGACCAACAGAACAGAGUCAAUGUUCUUACCCAAAGCUAAUGUUCUGUCUAAUAAACUGGAAACAUGCCGUUUUACUGACAACGUGUUCGACUCGCCAGGCUCGGCAAAAGGCAGACGCACUACCCCGACUCGUCGUGGACUUUUUCCCGCUUCCCGGACCUACCUAGACACGGAUUCGUCUGAGAACAGCGACGAUGACUCCUCAGCGGAAGACGGUUUACUCCGUUUUCCAAGAUCUUACAGUAACGACCAAAGUCGUAGCUGGGCCAAAACACAGAGAACGAGGAGAAAUGGCGUAAAUUUACUCAAUCAACAAAACAGCGAUGGGGACGAGUACCUCUCCGACCAAAGUUCAAUCGAAGGGAGUCCGGUGCUUCGUAGACACGCAACCAAACAUUGCCGACGAAAUCUCCCCGAAGAAGACCCGGAUAACAAGAGAUCACUGGCUCUACAGGAGCUCCAUCUAACGUGUGCACGGCAGCUUUACGGUACCAAGGAUCAAUACUCCACGGACAUGGGUGGCAUCGAGAUAUGCCUACGGUACGAUCGCGCCGCAAGACAGCUGAUGGUUCUCCUCAUACGCGGUGAAAACAUCGGAUCGCAACAUGCCCUUUUCCCGAAGAGGGUCUGCUCGUUCGUGAAGCUGAGCAUAAACCAGUCAUUCUGCAAGGUGCAGAAAUCCAAUACGGCGAAGAACACUUCCGACCCUUAUUUCGACGAAGAGUUUGCUUUCCAUAACAUCAGCCCCGUCAUUCUGAAAAAUUCGCAUCUACGACUUCAGGUGUUCUUGGAGGGACUCGCCAGCAAACUCCGCCUGAAGAACUCGACAAACAUCGGCGAGGUCCGGCUGAGACUUGCUGAGGUGGAACAGAACGGAUACGUACACGUCAAAGAGGAUUUGAAACACAAAAAACACUUUACUGUUCCUAAGAGGAUGAAUGUAGGCUUGAGUUACAGAGCAAAUAACCGCGUUCUCACAGUGGUCGUCGUCAAAGCACAGAACCUGAUUGACGGCAUCAUGUCACGUGGAUCAAACUGUUGUGUUGAAGUCCAGUUGACCCAAGUCGGUAGCAGUGGUGGUCUGGACACCGACGUACGGCAGUCGAGCGUCAGGCGGCUGACCAACUCACCCGUCUUCAAAGAUGCCUUCACGUUCCGUCUUAACGAGACCCAGAACAUCCGAGACGGCCUGAUGGUCGUCUGCCGGAUCGUUCACCGGAAGCCCUUCCGCAAGAACACCACCAUUGGCCAGGUCCAGUUCGGCAUCGGCUCCACACGCCUCAGUGAAACUAUCCAAUGGACAAACUUGUUACGUAAUCUGGGUCGACCAAUCACGCAGUGGCACGCACUUUCAAAAAAAGGACAAUGA